AUGAACGGAACCGCUGUGCCUGCUACGGUGACAUCCUCUCUCGCCGGUGUUUCCAAGCCGAACAUCGGGCUCGCCGUUGCGUUCAGCUUGGUGCUAGUAGUGACUCUGUUCGGAAACAUCGCAACUCUGAUUGUGUUUAAAUUCAACGACUGGUUAAAAAUCCACCGUUGCCAUACUUACAUUAUCGGCUUGGCCGUAGCGGACGUGGGCACUGCGUUAGUGCCUCUACCCGCGAACAUCUUAAUAUCACUUGGGCUAUGGAAUCUAAGCCGGCAAGGCUGCAUGGCUUACGACUAUUUCAGACUUGUAUUAGAGAAUAACGGCAUCUUAAUAACAUUAUUGAUAAGCAUAGACAGAUUUCGCCUUCUGAAGUGGGAUUUCAAAAGUUACAUCAAAGCGAACACGUGCAAACGCGUGGCGACAGAAAUCGCCGUGACUUGGCUCUUGCCGGCAGUCGGGCACGGCAUCAUGGCCGUCAUUUGGAUCCUCAGUGUACCCCUAGAGAACCGUGAAGCGGACUACUCCUCGGACUGUCUCGAUGUUCCCUCCGAGGCUGAUAUCCCUUUUAGCACCAUGUACGCCACUCUUCUCAUCUUCAUCCCCGGGGCUUUGCUCGCCAUCUUCAGUAUCUUCACCUUCAUCGGUGUGUCGCGUCUACUGAAAAGAAGACGGAAAAUUGCGAGCGGGAUGGCGUUCAUGGGCCCACCCGUUCCACGAGAUACGUCCAACCCCAGACCCAACACUAGUUAUCCAAAUAACCAACAACAAUGCAGAUGCGUUUCAUCGAACCAGCUUGACCCGGGUGCAUCCCUCUCAGCCGAAAGUUUUACGAACAGCAACGAUGCACCGUCUCUGUGCACUACCGACGAUGGCCGUGGAAAACACUCAGUGGCGCUCGGUCGGAGGCCGGGCCCCGUGAGUAACGCCACCAACAACGGUACCACCACUCGGAGGAAGAGGGACGUCCAGAUGACUCGCUACAUCAGGCCGGCCGUCAUGCUAGCCGGCAUCGUGUCCGUCUUCACUCUCUGUUGGUUUCCGUUCGCUAUUUACUACGUGUAUAUCCACAUCAUCUCGCCGUCUAGUUUCUCCAGUGAGACUCAGGCUUGGCUGAGGUGUCUUCUGUACGCCAGCUCUGCGAUCAACCCGGGUAUUUAUGCUCUGACCGACCGUAAACUACGGCAGGGGUACCGGAGGAUUUGGCUCAAACUUCGGCGGCGUGUGAACGGAAACUUCUGA